AUGCAGCCCUUCUCUCGAUGGGGUAAUGAAACUGCCUCAAUUUGGCGCGAACUAGCUCGACAGCCAAAAACGCACUGUUCGAGAUGGCUCAAAGACGCGGAGAGUGGAAGGGAAACGGGUCGCAAACUCAACACAAGUUUGAAAGAAGAGGAAUGCGAUAAACUCAAAAGAUUGUUUCAAGAAAGUCGAGAAUCUCAAGAUGUGAGAUGGAGAUGUAAGCUGGUAACACCGAAGUCCGAGUUCAAGCUAACCGAAGAGGGUUAUAUUCGACAAAGUGCUGCGGAGACUAUCGAUUUUAACCGAAACCAAAAUGUACAGCCUCAAAAGCCAAUGCUCACCCUAGAUCCUGAACCCAAAACGAAACUGGGAUUUAUGCAAUCAGGCAGAUCCCACCAUGGAAACUUUCUAGAAGCGCAAUUGAGGUUACGCAAGCGGCAACACAUUCAAUCCCCUAAGAAAACAUACACUACCUCACUAGUCUCGGCAAUCUUGGUCCUGUAUCCAGGUCACGCAGUCCCGUUUCUCAUAUACACUGCCCCGGAUUUCCCAGUGGUGCUCCCUCCUACAAUUUCAAACUACUCCUCUCAUUGGCCCGCAUUUAGCGAGUUCUUAAUCGUUUACGUCUUUCUCAUAUAUAUUAAUCUCAAGGUGUCACCGGACGAGGUGCUCCGCUCCGCGAGGGGGAUGGAGCGUUGGGCAAAAUUUGGAGGCUCGUGGCACUUUACGAAUGAGUCCAUGGUUGGUGGAUGCGAGAAGUAUUUUCCGCCGACCGGGAUGCGGAUGGCUGGAGAGUUACUCGAAACGGGAGAGUGCACGUCUGGCAUCUUGAAGCCAGGGUUUCCCGUGGUGUUUUCGGUGCGACGACAUUUGAUAUUUGGAUACCAGCUACCAUCUU